AUGGGGAUAGCAGGCAGCGACGUCAGUAAACAGGCGGCUGAUAUGAUUCUCCUUGAUGACAACUUCGCCUCCAUCGUAACUGGCGUCGAAGAAGGGCGUAUCAUCUUUGACAAUUUGAAAAAGUCAAUCGCUUACACAUUAACCUCGAACAUCCCGGAGAUAACACCCUUCCUUGUCUUCAUUCUCGCCGAUGUCCCAUUGCCCUUGGGCACCAUUACGAUCCUAUGCAUCGACUUGGGUACGGAUAUGAUUCCUGCCAUCUCUCUAGCCUACGAAGAAGCUGAAUCGGACAUUAUGAAGCGGCUUCCACGCGAUCCCAUGCGUGACAAGUUGGUUAACGAACGUCUUAUCUCAAUGGCCUAUGGUCAAAUUGGUAUGAUUCAGGCUGCUGGUGGUUUCUUCGUCUACUUUGUUAUCAUGGCUGAGAAUGGUUUCUGGCCCCGUCGAUUGCUAGGAAUCCGCAAGGAAUGGGAUUCGGAAGCCAUUAAUGAUCUGGCCGAUUCGUAUGGACAAGAAUGGGUUAGUAUUGCUACCUCACUAAUCUGA